UAAAUCUCAUUAUAAUUUUACAAAGUGGUGUACUACUUUUGGGACAAAUCAUAUCAAAAUUAUAAAAAAAACCAUCAGUUCGAACUCAUUAAUGGACAAUUGUAUAUAAAGGGGGUCUUGAAUUCUGCCUCAUACAUACCAAAUUUUAACCUUUUUCAAUUGGACUAAAUCACUUAGUGCUAUUUAGAUUAAAAAAAUUCAUGCCCCAUUUUUUUUGUUCCCCCGUCUGCUGCUUCUUUGUCGCUUCUAAUUUUUUUCCGAGUCUAAAACACCCCCCUCUCAUAUGGCGUGACAAGAGAGUGGCAGUUAAGGGUGUACAGAGUAAUUUGAGGCAUUAAACAUGAAGAAAUGGAUUGGGAAGUCGUAUGAAAAAAGAAGUAAUACAUUAUCAUACUACGGGCUAUAUAUUUGUAGAUAAUGAAAAUCAAUGGACAAUAACUGUGUUUUCCCGCCAUAUUCUGGUGGACCUCAAUUUUGUGUGACUGUACAAUGUACUAAUAAAAUUAUAAGUUAGGUAUUAAUUUUUAAUUCCAGCUCAUUCAGGAAAGGUUGUCCAGCAUAUAUUUCAGUGGGUGUGUCAGAAGAUGGAAAGUUUUUGGUUGUCAAAAGCAUUGAAGACCAUCAUAAUCAUGAAAUAUCAAAGGGUUUGUUUGAAAUGCUCCCUCGUGAGAGGAGACUACCAGAAGAGGGGUUAAGAGAAGCAGAAAAACUGGUUUCCUUACAAGUGAACAACAAGCUAAUGAGGGAUCACUUGCAGGAUAAAACUGGAAAAAAAGUUAUCCUGAAAGACAUCAGCAACAUCAUUUCAAAAGUCAAUGCCAGCAAGAAGUCAGAUGACAUUGAAAGUCUUGUCAGUAAAUUAAAGAAGACAGCCUCACUGCUCAUAUGUAAAUUUCAUGUUUUAAGAACAUUUAACCGAGAAAUUACAACAGAAAAAAUGGGCAUUUCAUCUGCACAGCGCUAUGUAGCUUUAGAACUUAUUCAGAAGUUAGUACACAGCACUUCAGAAGAAGAUUACAAAGCUAACCUAAAACUGAUUGAGACAACAUGUCCGAGGCAGAUAUUCAAGUAUAUUGAAACAAACUGGCAUGAAAUACGCAAUGAAUGGGUUUUAGGGCUUAAUUAUUUUGAAGGAUCUCUGAUGAACACUACAAACAAUAGAAUUGAAUCUUUCAACCAGAAACUGAAACAAGUUAUAAAGCGGUAUUCUAGCCUUGACUUAUUUUUUGAAAAUUUUAUUUCACUGAUAGGCAUGCUGAGAAAUGAAAGAGACUAUAAAGGUAGUGUAGAGAUUCAAAAAGUACCUGUUCAUAUAAAGGCAAUGAGUACCAACUCUGCAGAAUAUAAGUAUUCACAGCUCUUGACAGGCUGUGCUAGUAAUUUCGUUUUAGGUCAGUUAAAAAAGGCUAGAAAAAUGGAGACCAUUUUUAAAACAACCAACAGGAAUAGUCAUUUUGAUGAUGAUGUGGAACUUAAUACAAUUUCAUGUACAUGUAAUUUUAGAAAGUCGAUGGGACUACCAUGCAAGCAUAUUUUUUUUGCAAGGUUGCUUAUAAGUAUUGAUUUAUUUGGUGCAGAGUUAUGUGUUGGCAGAUGGACUCGUUCUUAUUAUAGGGAAAACACAAGACUUAUAAGUCCAAUGGUUUCUCCAAGUAAGACAUUUGGCAACAUUCCGAACAAAGUUAGCAAUGUAUCACAGGUUAUAGAUCCAAGAAUUAACACUGUGUUAUCAGAGAAUCAAAAAUAUAAGAAGGCCUUCUUUGUUGCUGGGAAAUUAGCAGCUGCUUGUUCUGCUGUUGGAAUGAAAGAAUUUAUGUCAAGAAUGAAACUGUUGAAGGAAAUAGAAGAGCUGUGGAAAAACAAUCACACAGUUGAAGUUGAAGAUUCAUCAUCCACAGCAAAAGCAGUGUUUUCAUUGGAUAUUGAUAAACAAGUACCAGUGUAUAUUGAUGAAGUCCAUGCAGUCUCAAAUGAAUCUACUGUAGAAGACGAUAGCUGUUUUGUUCUUGAAGGACAGACAACAGUUCCUGAAAAUGCUAGUGUUCAAUGUAUUGACAUUGUUCUUGAGGAACAUACUACUUUUCCUGAAAAUUCUGGUGUUGAAUGUAUUGACAUUUCAGUUCCUACAACCAGUCAUGGGGCAAAUAGUAUAGCUAGUGUAUAUAAUGAUGAUCUUAGUAUAGCAGUUCAAGAAUUUAUUCACACAAUAGCUGAACAAUCGGCUGCUCUUUGUGCUGAAAAGGGUACAUGCAGAAUAGAUGGAGAUGAAGUCAAGAAUUGUUUGGAGGAAUUGCUACCAUCAGCUGAAAUUUUAUUAAAUCUCAAUAAUCAGGCAGCAGCCAAACCAUAUUUCACAGAGGAGGGCUGGUUGACAGUAGAUAGUGUAUUAAGAAUACUUGAAGAUCAAUAUUUGAAGCAAAUAAAAAGGAAAGAGUUUCCAUCCAAUGUUUCACAAAAGAAAGGAAAAGGUAUUUAUAACAUGUUGAUAUCUUAUCAAUAUUUUAUCCCCCUGUACAUUUUAUCCUUGAGAUAUUGUGCAAAAAAACUUCUAGAAAAAAACUGUUUUCCAACCAAGGAUAUAGAAAGUGAAGGAAAUGAUAGGAAAAGGAAAAGGGACGUACCAGAUCUUGAAGACAACAUUUGUAAUGAUAAGGAUGGCAAUAUUACUUUCUUUCCUGAUGUAAUGGAAACCAUGCAAAGCAUGAGAGGAGAAAUUAUGGAUUUCAUUAAAAUGUAUGACCCCAAAAAAGUUCUACCUCGAGUAGGAAAUCCUAUAAAUACUGUCUUCAAAUAUCAUGAUGGAACUAGAAGUUUGAGCGAUGAUCAAAGAGACAGUAUUACACAGUAUUUAUGUACUUUCCAAGAAGUUCGAUCAUUGUCUCAUAUAGAUAAUGCCAGUCUCAUCCACAGCCUCAUUGAGUUUAUUAUCAAAAGAAAAACAGAAAAUGAUCUUCAUCAGAACAAUGGAAGCCUUAGUGAUUUAAAGAUGCCAACAAAACUAAAAAGAAAAGGGAGGCCAAAAGGAAGCCAACAGACUGUAAUUGGUUUACCAAAAAAAUCAGGAAAGAACAAACUUGUUCCUUUCUUUAAGAGAACAGUUGAUGAAAAAGAAAGAGAAAUACUAAGUUCGUUAGUUAGUGUAGAUAGUGUAAUGACAGCAUUGGGAGGGACAUUACUGGUUGAAGAUGAUUUGGUUGGAUUGUCGGCUGACUCCUUACCUUACCGAUGUUUAGAUGAUUAUGUUGAUUUGACUAUUGUUCAAAAAAUUUUCAUUUCAUCUGCAUGGUUGUAUUUAUUAUCUAUUGUUAAUGAAAAACAACAAAAGGGUGGAUAUAUUUUUUGUACAUACUGUAAUGUUUUCAUUACUAUAGAUAAUGAUGAUGCUGUUGAAUGUGUAUUCUCAAAUGUUUUGCAAUGGCACACACUGUUUGUAUGAAGCUGUUUAUAUUUCAGAAGGUAGAACACCUUGUAUGCAGAUACAUUAUGUUUCUGUUUGCUAUAUGUUUAUUGACUGUGACCUCAUUUUCAUGGUUCAGUGACUGGUUGAUAAAGAGGUAUUUUUUUCAUGUGAAAUACUCACUUAGUAUGAGUAAAAGGAUAAAUAUAUUUGGUGUAUGGAAUCCUUGCUAGGUCUACAUGUCUGUCAGACAGGGUUCACCUUACCUUGACCUCAUUUCAGGGAUUAGUGAUCAAGGGUAGUCUUUCGUAUUGAAGUUGGCAUCUCAGAUACCAUAGUCAACUAUGUUUGAUGUAUGAAAUGAUUGUAAGGUGUACAUGUCCUACUGGCAGGGCCAUCUGACCUUGACCUUUCUUCACGGCUCAUUGGACAAUGUUAAGUUUUUGUGGUUUGGUUUAUUUCUCAAAUACAAUUAGCCAUGAGGCCAAUAUUUUUUGGCAUGAUAUGAUUGUAAGAUGAACAUGUCUGUCUGGAUGAUUUCAUAUGAUGGUGACCUCAUUUUCAAGGUUCAUUGGUCAAUAUUAAGUUUGCAUAUAUAGUUAUGUAGUUAUGUCUGUUUCUAAGAUAUUUUAAUUGAAUGGCUAACGUUAUUUGAUGUUUGGUAUGAUUGAAAAAUGUACAGUUGUCUAGGUCAGGGUUCAUAAUAUAGGUUCAUCUGACCUUUACCCCAUUGCAAAUUGCAUUGUAAGCUCUCACCAGCCUGCAUGUCUCUCUGGAUUUUUAUGAAAUUAAUAGUGAUUGUUCAUAUCAGUAAUAUUUUAUUUAGACGAGUUUAAAGUCAGUGCCAUUCAAUGAUUUAUACAGGAAUUAUGUCCCUUUGAAAUGUAACUUCUAUGGAAAAUUGCAUUGUAAUCCUACAUCUUUGUCAGAUUUAUAUCAAAGGUUUAUAUCAACGUGCCUUAUAUCAACAAGGCCUGCAAAUAGUUCAAGAAGACAAAUAAGUUUAUACUGGUCAACAGCUUGGCAAUGAUUGUAAGGUGUAAGUAUUUUUGAAUGUUUGUCCUUCACUUGAACAGAUCAAUUAUGAGGCAGUAGACAUUAGAACAAUGUUCUUCUAUAUUUAUUUAAAGGGAGCACUUAUAAUGAAAUUUGAAAAUAGUUUUUCAAUAUCAACUGAUGUUACAGUGAUAAAUAUGUUAGGUUAUUUUUUAAAUACAGACAUCUUGUAGUUAUUACUGUUUUAUGAAAUCUAAUUUAUUCUAAUGUACAAUAUAUUUAUUGCUGUUAUAUGAAGUUCAAUUUCAUUCUUUGAAAUUGUUUAAUAAAUAUAUGUGAAAAGAA